AUGUUAAAGGCCGCCAAGCGCAUUUUUCAGAAUAUCUGGUCACCCAUUCCAGGCCCGAGCCUUGCCAAAUUCAGCAACUUAUGGAUCCAAUAUAACAUUUUCAAAGACUCUGGUCGAGUCUGGGAGACUGUUCAUCGCCUACAUCAGAAGUACGGGCCCGUUGUCAGGGUAGCGCCGAAUAGCGUAUCCGUUUGCCAUCCUGAUGCAUUGCGAACCAUUUACCAUGGCCCACGUGGACUUAACGGGGGGGAGUUAUUAUCAACCCUCCGCCAAUAUAACUCCGAAAACCUUGUCAGCACACUUAACAGUGAUCUUCACUUUGCACGCCGAAGACAAGUGUUCGGCCUAUAUUCGGCACCAGUUGUCUCAGGGCCAGCCCAUCAAGAGAUUUUCAAAACAUAUAUUAACCAAUUCAUGACGAUGGUCGAAAAUGAGGCCUCUAGCUCACCGUCUAGAGUGGCAAAUGGGCUGGAGUGGGUAACAUGGCUCACUGGUGAUAUAAUGAUUCAUUUGGUGUAUGGGAAUGAUCACAACAUCAAACUUCUGGCAGAUAAGAUGUCAAGAGAUAUGAUGACCGAACUUAUACCUAAAACCAGUGCGUCAGAUACUACUGCAUUGGAGGCAAUAGCAGCACUAUACCCAAGGGCCAUUUCGCGAAUCCGUGCUAUUUUCCCCGAGAAAUCAGCCAUGUCAGAGUUUGGACUGAAAAGGGUAGAGGCUGCUCUAUUGGAAUCAGCUCAACCAGAGCCAGCUGCGCCAAGCGGCCCUUCCAGCACGCAUCUUGGGCGCCUUAUAGAGCUCUACCGUAGUAAAGGGCCGAGCCCCGAAAUACCAGACAAAAGAUAUAUUGCAAGCGAUUGCUUGGAUCAUUUCCUUGCUGCAUGUCAAGAAAAGCUCCGGCUAGAGCUUCAUGAGGCGGGUAUUAGGCCCGGAGAACACCCAGACCUCUCGACCCUGCAGAAGCUGCCAUACCUGAACUGUGUUCUCAAAGAGACUCUCCGCACAAACCCACCAAUUCCGCUACAGCUGCCAAGAGUAGUCAAAGAUGAACCUCUCACCGUGAUGGGUUUCAAAAUAGAACCCGGGACCACCAUUGCUUCUCAAUCUUACACCCUUCACCAAGAUCCAACACCUUAUCCAGACCCAGAGGCGUGGAUGCCGGAAAGAUGGGACAUCUCCCCAAAAUCAGAUGAAUACCGUCAGAUGCAACGUUCAUUUUGGCCCUUUGGUUCUGGCGCGAGGAUGUGUACCGGAAUGAACGUUGCUUGGGCGAUGAGUCGAUCAAUUGUUGCUAGAAUCUAUAGCACAUACAGUUUAACAAAAUUUAAGCCGGUAAAGGCGAUUUAA